GACCUAUUUUGUAUUUGGCUCCGCGGCUGCAAGUGGCAGUGCAAGGACCUAUUUUGUAUUUGGCUCCAUGGCUGCAGUAGCAGUGCAAGGACCUAUUUUCCACAGCUGCAGUGCAAGGUCCUAUUUUGAAACUGUCACAAACAAAGCUCUUACCGUAAUUAAAGCUGCUGGGUUGGUGCGUCUUAAAAACAAUACUUCUCCCUUAAAUGUUCUUUUAGUCGGAUUUUACUCUCGGGAUGAUGAUCCUCAAAAUUCAACCCUGCC